AUGUCCCCGCCACCAAGCACACACAGCAACCAGGCUGAACUGAACGCGUCGACGGCGUCCUUAUCCCCAUCAUCGACACAGCAUCCCUCCGCCGCCGCAUCAGCAAAGGCGCCACCACUCACUUCCACAGCUCCAUACUCCACCACCACCACCCCCGACACCGACGCCGACCCCGAAGCCCAUCUCAAUGGCCUCAAGACACCACGGAAAACGGGGCCCUCGGGUGCGUACGUCGAGUUAUCCAGGAUUCGAUUCUGGGGCGUCAUCAUCUCCCUCAUGAUCUCCAUUUUCCUGUUUGCGCUCGACCAGCUCAUUGUCGCCACGGCAAUUCCCAAGAUCACCAUCGAGUUUGACGCUCUCAGCGAACUCACAUGGCUCGCUAAUGGGUUCUUCCUCCCUCUCUUCGCCUUCAACCUCAUCUACGCGCAGUUCCUCCAGAUCUUCCCGUCCAAACACGUCAUCAUUUUCGCCGUGUUCAUCUUCGAGCUCGGGUCACUCGUGUGCGGCGUCGCCCCAAAUAUCAACGUGCUGAUCCUUGGUCGCGCUAUCGCCGGUGCCGGAUCAGCAGGCAUCUUCAGCGGUGCAAUGGUCAUUGCAGCCGAGAUCACACCACUCCACAGCCGCGCACAAUACAUGGCCCUCAUCGGAAUCUGCUUUGCCAUUGCGUCCGUUGUCGGACCGCUAAUCGGUGGCGUGUUCUCCGACCACGUCUCCUGGCGCUGGUGCUUCUACAUCAAUCUCCCUUUCGGUGGGUUGGCGUUACUCCUCCAGAUCCUCGUUCAGCCAGCCCGCCCGCCCAUGGGCAUGAAGGCGAGUUAUAAUGGCUACGGCAAGGCGAUGCUUGGCCAGCUAAUCCGCUGCGACUGGGGCGGCGCAGCCAUCUCUAUGGGCUGGGCGUGCUGCUUCAUCCUCGCAUUGCAGUGGGCCGGCGUCUCGCGCUCCUGGAAGGACGGAGGGGUGAUCGUCUGUCUGGUCCUGUCUCUGGUCCUUAUCCCCAUCUUCUUCACAUACGAGUGGUGGCUCGGUCCCAAACGCCAGAUGUGCCGCCUCGACUUGUUGGUCCGGCGCAAUAUUCUCGGCGCGACCAUUGUCCUCUUUUUCCUCUUCUUCGUCUUUAUGAUCGACGUCUAUUACCUCAGUCUGGCGCUUCAGACCCAGUGGCGUUUCUCGGCUACUGCCGCUGGCGUCCGCCUCCUCCCGCUGAUCAUGGUCCAGAUUGUCGUCAUGAUUAUCACCUCGCGCCUCAUCCCGCUACUCGGCUACGUGAAAUGGAUCAUUGUCACCGGCCCCGCCCUCACUGCUCUCGGCUCAGGCCUCUUAUACAGUGUCCAUGUCAACACGCCUGUGGCCCACGUCUACGGAUUCCAGGCCAUUAUUGGUGCGGGUAUCGGUAUGACUCUCCAAAACGCAAUGGUUAGCAUUCAAUUCGACCUGCGCGACGAGCCGAGCCUAAUCACAAUGGGUACCGGAGUCGGCACAUUCUUCGGCUUUGCGGGUCGUAUCGUCGGUCUAUCUCUGGCUGGCUCCGUGUUCGAAAACAUGAUCCAGGUCAACCUCCACAAAUACGUACCAGAUCUCCCCGAGCAGCUGGUACGCGUCAUGACGAGUAACGCGAAUGCCCUGUGGACCAUUGUUCCAGAACCUCUCCGGCCCGCAACCCUGGAGGCGUACUCGCACACCAUGCGGGUCGUGUUCCUCAUCGGCGUGCCGGGCGGUAUCCUCGGACUCUUGGGUGGACUGGUUAUGCGCAACGACAAGAUGCCCACCAAGGCUGAGGAGGCUGAGCGGAUGCAGAAGCGCCGAGAACAGGAGGACGCCGCUGCCGAGCUCGCCCACCACACUCAUGAGAAGAAUGAUGGCGGGCACGAGCACGGGCACGAGGAGCAUGUGGAGAAGGAUACCCAGAACCACCAGAACCACCAGGGUUGA